CCGCGAAAGGGUGCAUUAACAGUGUCCACCGUGGUCGGUCCGAUGAUCGCGCAACCGGAAGGCGCCCCCAUUGGCCGGCAGGGGUGGGCGCCCGAUUCCGGGUAUUAAAAUUGAUAAUCCAUUCGCCGGUCCAGUCCGCGAGUCGGGCCUGUGGCGCAGGUCGUAACUUUGCGUGGUCGUGCACGGGCGAGCUGUGUGAUGUGCGUCCACGGGAAUUUAAUUGUGCCGUUCGUCCUGGCGACGGUGGUCGUCUGGUUAGGCCACGCGCUAUCGGAAUCCACCUCUGGACCGGCCAGUUCACAACGAGUCGUGGCCAAACCCGAGCCAUGGACGGCCAUCACCUCGAUCCAGGUCACCCGCAUCCCGGAGGCACCCAAGGACGAUGGAGAUCGAGCGGCACGAUCGCGAUCUAGGCGUCGCACGCGGGAUCAGGACGACAAGUCUAACAUCGAAUCGAGUAUAUCACUGUGGGAGUGGCUGAAAGGACGCGAAAAACCCGAGGACAACUGCAUGCUGAUGGCGAUCGGAGGUGUCGCGAGUGGUGGCGCUCUGACUGGCGCGUUUGUGGGCGCUGGAAUUGGCAGCAUCUUCACUGGACCGGGUGUCAUCGUGGGAGGCAUCAUUGGCGGGUUGGUGGGUGUAUUUGGGGGACUUAGUGUGGGUGCGAGGGCUGGAGCAGUGGCGUGUGAAAAUGUCUGACCCAAGCUCCCAGGUCAGCGUCAUUUAGU